CAGAAGAAACAGCAGGUUCCUUAGAGCUGAUAACAGUUGUCUCUGCGCUGAGCUUGGAGAAGUCAUUGAAGACAUGCAGUCCUGCCGUGUGCGCUGUGCCCUCACCUUACUCUCCCUGGCCCUGGCUGUGAGCUCCAUCUCAGCUGCCCCUACAGACCCGAGGCUACGCCAGUUCCUCCAGAAGUCACUGGCAGCAGCAGGCAAACAGGAGCUGGCUAAGUAUUUCCUGGCAGAAUUGCUAUCAGAACCAUCCCAGACAGAAAAUGAUGCAUUUGAUUCAGAAGAUCUGCCCAGAGGUGCUGAGCAAGAUGAAGUUAGAUUGGAACUUGAAAGAUCUGCGAAUUCCAGUCCAGUCUUGCCACCUAGAGAACGCAAAGCUGGAUGCAAAAACUUCUUCUGGAAAACGUUCACGUCCUGUUAGCUUCCACCCCUUUUCCCUUCCUUCUGGCCCUUUAUUUUCCUACUCCCUAUAUCCCAAGCAAAAGCCUUCACCACAGGAGCCGGAGACUGUAAAUAACACACAGUUAUGGUGAAUAAAAAUGUUGAUUUGGAAUUGUUUAAUAAAACUUUUAGUUGAAAUUGUA